AUGAAAAUGGAUUUGAGGGAAUAAAGUUUUGAGAAUAUCAGGAUAAGAAAUACCUCUUUGGUUGGUGGUAAUUUUGUAAGAUGCAUAUUCAAUGGAUCAGAAUUUCAAAAUGUAGAUAUAAGUGGAAUAAAUUUGAAUUAAGCUUAAAUGUUUAAUUGUAAAUGGAAAGAUAUCAAAAUAGAUGAGUUAAAUACAUUAGAAGGUCAUGGUGAAAGUAUUAAUUAGGUAUGCUUUUCUCCAAAUGGUAAAUCAUUAGCUUCUUGUAGUGAUGAUAAUUCGAUUAUAUUGUGGGAUGUUAAAUCAGGAAAAAUAAGUUCUAGAAUCAAGGUAAAGGAAGAAGUAAAAUCAGUAUGCUUCUCACAUAAUACUAGCACAUUAGCUUUCAGCAGUGGAAGAUUUGUAUAUUUAUGGAAUUUUAAAACAGGAAAAUAAAAAGCCAAAUUAGAUGGUCAUUCAUCUUAUGUAAGAACAAUUUGUUACUCUCCUGAUGGUACUACAUUAGCAUCUGGUACUGCAGUUAACUCUAUCCGCUUAUGGGAUGUUAAGACAGGAUAAUAAAUAGCCAAAUUAUUUGGUCAUUGUUAUACAGUUUAUUCAAUUUGUUACUCUCCUGAUGGUACUACAUUAGCAUCUGGUAGUGCAGAUAACUCUAUCCGUUUAUGGGAUGUUAAGACAGGAUACUAAACCGCCAAAUUAGAUGGCCAUUCAGAUUCUGUAAGAACAAUUUGUUACUCUCCUGAUGGUACUACAAUCACAUCUGGUAGUUCAGAUACCUCUAUCCGUUUAUGGGAUGUUAAGAUAGGAUAAUAAAAGGACAAAUUAGAUGGUCAUUCAAAUGUAGUUUCUUCAAUUUGUUACUCUCAUGAUGGUGCUACAUUAGCCUCUGGUAGCGCAGAUUAGUCUAUCCGUUUAUGGGAUGUUAAGACAGGAUAAUAAAAAGUCAAAUUAGAUGGCCAUUCAGAUAAUGUAAGAACAAUCUGUUACUCUCCUGAUGGUACUACAUUAGCAUCUGGUAGUGAUGAUAACUCUAUCCGUUUAUGGGAUGUUAAGACAGGAUAAUA